AUGACAUCCACAUCAACACAUGUCCCGCCAGAUGUGAGCAUUGGCUACAGGUUGGAGGUUGGCACAACAGUCACCUUUGUCUGUGCCGUUAUCGUCGUCAGCUUGCGCAUGGUGGCACGUAGUAUAUACGCGAAGAUGAGCUGGGACGACCUUCUGAUGCUUCUAGCUCUGGUCCUUGCCCUCGUUGCAACAGUAUUUGACUACAUCUCUGUCAAUCACGGACUCGGGCGACACCUAAUCUAUAUCCACAAAAACGAUGCAAUCUCCGCCUUAUACUACGACCUACUAUCACAGGUCUUCUGCAUCAACGCCCUCAGCUUCGCAAAAAUCUCUAUAUGUCUGUCUUACCUUCGGAUCCUGAAGGGAACCCGCCACUAUGUGCUGCGUGUGGCUUGCUAUCUUACUGCAUUCCUGGUAUUUGCCGUCAAUACCGUGGUGAUUAUCUCGCUUUAUGGGCAGUGUGAUCCACCCCACAAAUCUUGGAACCCGUUCCUACCAGGGAAAUGCUGGGCAUACAGAACAGAGAUUGCACUGGUGUUACUCCAAGGAGCCUGGUCUGCCGUCACCGACUAUUUCCUCUCCAUCCUUCCUUUCUUCCUCUUCAAAGACCUCCAAGUCAGCCGGAGUAACAAAAUAGUUCUAUGUGGAUUGAUGGGACUUGGUGUGAUCACCGGAGUCUUCGCUACAAUUCGCACCAUUGAAUCCGGCCUUGGUCUCAAGAACGGAACCAGCGAUGUUUCCUACACAACUGUCAUGGGUCUGAUGUGGGCAGGAAUGGAGCGCAACAUUGCUAUGAUGAUCGCCAGCGUACCGGCACUGCGCCCGCUGGCGGGGCCUAUAGCAAAUCUGACUUCGCAGACGAUGUCUUACCUGGGCGUUCGCUCAACCAAGACUCAACAUACAUAUGAAAUGAACAACUCAGGCAAUUCAUAUGAGAACAAGUCUCAGGGAAGCUCCAACCCAGCGAAGAAGUCGUUCUCAACGGCGGCCGUGGAUAGGUCGACGAGUCUGGAGAGGAUUCUACCGGAAAUGGCGCCAAGAGAUAUUGUUUAG